CGUUCUCUAACAGUUUUGGAUACAUUAGAGGUGGAGACAGAUACAGUACACAGGACAAUGUGGUGAGGCUCGCAGUGGUGGUAAUCGGGGAAAAAGAUCAACCAACUCGGGCCAAAAAAGGAGGGGGGAACAGAAGUAUAUAACCCAGUUGGGACCAACAGAGCAUGUACAAGUCUUCUUUCCACCUGAGGAGCUCCUGCUCAAAUCAGAGCCACUUCCAUCAACAGAAACCUUAAAGCGAUGAAGUGUAACCAUCUCCUCUCCUGGGCCUUCCUGCUGGUGGCCUCUGGACCACUGCUGGCCCACCCCAUGACAGAAUCUGCUGAGAUGCCCUAUCCCGGACCCGUAUCAGCGGAGGACCGAGGAGUCGGCGUGCUGGGUGAUCUGUCCCUCCCUGAGCAAACCUUCCCUCUUCAAGAUGGUGCUGGCCUCAGAUAUUCCUCUCUGAUAUCUGGGGAGACCAACAGAGACGGUGUCAGAACAGCAGGCCUGCUCCCGAGGGGGAUGAAAAGAGAGGUCCUACUGGAGAAACAAAGUCUCCUAAAUCCUUUGAGCCGUGUGCUGGGCAUCCGGAAAGAGUUCAGGAAGAGGGCAGGGAAUUCGGAGUGUUUCUGGAAGUACUGUGUUUAAAAGUGUGCACAGGCACUGAUGCCACACACAAGAGACAGGGCUUGCACUAAAACAAAAAUCUUCAAACAAAUCAAUCUAAAUCUAACUAAAACAAGUCAAUCUAAAUCUUUAUCUUGCACUCACAUAUGCAGACAAAAUAAGAUCACGCAUGCAUAUACUGUAUGUGCGCAUAUGCAUGCUCAGGUGCAUGUACUCACAUACACACUCACACUCGCAGGUUAGUUUUCGUCAGUAUUCGUUCUCAAACAGAACAAUGCCAUAGGAAUGACUGAGACAUGUUGCUUGGGCACUUAUGAUUACAAUUUACACUUUUCUGUUGUGUGUGAAAUUGUAUUUAAGUACACACAUUUGUUCAAAGGCCCGGGUUGUCUGGUGUAUGACCAAUUGUCUUUUAAAUGUGAAAGUCAAUAGUUAUACAGCAUUGUAUGUUGAACGGUAUUAAAAACUGUAUUAUAAA